AUGAGUAGAAAGGUUGAUUCUGUGAAAGACAUCAAUGACUCAAAAGAAACUUGGCGUCUUGUUGUUCGAAUACUGGAUGUUUGGAGUGUUGUGAAUAAUAAGGGUAUUGAACAUUUGGAGAUGAUUGUUAUGGAUUCCUUGGGUGAUCGAAUUCAGGUUCUUAUUCGUCAUGACCAUUUACUGAAAUGGAAAGAGGUCAUUAAGGAGAAUAUGACCUGCAUUAUAAAUAAUGGCAGUGUCUAUAACAAUGAUUUUCAGUGGAAGAUAAACCAUAUCCAAUCCAACACUCCGGGGAAGAAAGUUGUUGUUUCUGUUGUGCUGAAAGAUUUGAAGUAA